CUCCAGAUGCCCUUUUGGAAAAAAUUUCAUUCUUCUUGUCCCUUCUCUUUUCCCAUUACCCCUUUGUCUUUGAAUUCCCUAUACUAACCUUUCUUUCUUUAAUAUAUUUCUUCUCCACCUCAUUAAUUCAUUUAAUUUUUCAAUUAAAUACACUCAACCAAACACAACAACCAAAUGGGAUCCACAAACAACCUUAACCAAUCAGAUUUGCCUUGGCCCACAUGUCUUCAUGUUCCCUCUCCUCUCUCCUCUGUCCGCGUGAAGAGCUCUUCUUCCCCAUCCUUCAUUGGCGAUUUUGAAGCUUUAACAUCAGGAAAAUGCAAAAUCCGCAUUGUACAAUCAUUUGUUUUGAUUAUGGAGGAUAUUAUAUUAAAGAUGGGGUUGAAAUGAAAUGGAUUUCGGGAGAUUGUGAAGGGGAAGAUGAAAUUCACACUAUUGUGUUGAAGAAAUCAGUGGAUGAGAUCACACGUUCUGUUUUGGUUGAGCGUAUUUGCAGAAAGAUAAAGGUAGAUGACUAUAAGAUGGAAGCGAAGAUUAGUUACUUUCCAAUGGUAAUGUAUUCGAACAAGCCAUCAUAUAUCUGGGAAGAUGAAGACGUUUUUUGUUAUCUAAUGCAAGUAAAUCAAGAGAAUUGUAGAAGUGUUCUACAUGUGGAGUUCAACAAAAGGGAUGAUGACACUGAUUUCUAUGGCAGUCUAUCGGAUAGAGAGGCUACUGAAAGAGGGGCUACUGAUAGAGAGGCCACUGAUAGAGAGGCUACUGAAAGAGGGGCUACUGAUAGAGAGGCUACUGAUACAGAAGCUAUUGAUACAGAGGCUAUUGAGACAGAGGCUAUUGAGACAGAGGGUGGUGAUGAAGAAGGUACUGAGAAGGAUGCAACUGAUAAUGAAGGUACUGGUGGUGUGCUUACACUUUACGAAGACAUUGAGAUGCAUGAGAAUGCCACCGAAAGAGAAGCAGGACCCUCAGUUGAAGUCACACCAGUUGUCUAUAAGGAGUGGGAUGAUGGUAUGGAUUUGGUUUUAGAUCAAGAAUUUAGAACCAAGGAGGAAGCGCAAACUCAUAUUCAGGCGGCGUCACAUGUGAAGUGUUUUGAGUAUGAGGUAAUUAAGUCGGAUACUAAGAGAUAUGUGAUAAAAUGCCGAGGAGCCAAAGAAAGCUGCAAGUGGUUUGUGCGUGUUGCAAAGUUAACGAAUUCAGAUCUUUGGUCAGUUAGAAGUUACAUCAAGCAGCAUAGAUGUUCUGUUGUUACCACAAGAACACUGCCUAAUAGAAGGAGAGGCACACAACAAAUCGUUGCAUCUAUCCUGGCCCAAGAUUAUCCUGGAAGUUUUGACACACCACGUCCCAAUGCUCUGAUCGAUUUGGUUCAUCAGAGAGUUGCUGUGGAAGUAUCAUACACAACGGCAUAUAGAGGAAGAAGACUAGCUGCUAAUAAAGUGCGCGGAACUCCUGAAGAGAGUUAUUCUUUAUUAUAUUGUUAUAUGCACAUGCUGGAGCAGGUGAAUCCUGACACAAUAACUCGUGUGGUUGUGGAUGAGGGCAAAAAAUUUAAGUAUCUAUUUUGGGCUUUGGGAGCUAGCAUAGAAGGAUUCCGCGCGAUGAGAAAAGUCCUUGUUGUGGAUGCAACACACCUGAAGACUGUUUAUGGUGGAGUGUUAUUUGUUGCGACUGCUCAGGAUCCCAAUCAUCACCACUACCCAAUUGCGUUUGGUGUUGCUGAUGGUGAGAAAUAUGAGAGUUGGCUAUGGUUUAUGGAACAGUUGAAAUCAGUGAUAUCGGAUCUCCCUGGAUUGGUGUUUCUUUCGGACAGAAACAAAGGCUUGAUCAAGGCAGUAUAUCAAGUGUUCCCUCAGGCCGCUCAUGGUUAUUGUAUAUGGCAUCUGUCUCAAAAUGUUAAAGGCUACGUCCGUAACAACAGAGAAACAUAUGCAUUUAAGUUUAUGGAGUGCGCACACGCUUAUACAGAGGCGGAGUUCUUGGUCCUUUAUGACGCUUUUGGCAGGAAAUAUCCUAGUGCAGCGGAGUAUCUUGACAAAAGUUGUGAAAAAAAGAAAUGGGCUAGAUGUUACUUUGAAGGAGUUAGGUACAAUGUUGACACCACCAAUUCAGCUGAAUCUUUUAACGGUGUUAUUAAAGACGCAAGAAAGUUCACCUUACUUCCAAUGUUUGAUUUUAUCAUUGGAAAAAUUGCUGAAUGGUUUAACAAGCACAGGAAAGAGGCAGCUGAAAUGCCACCCGCACUGAAGCUUGUGCCUAUAGUGGAGGAAGAAAUGACUAAAAGAUGUGUUGAUGCAGGGUUUCUUCGGGUUGAUGAGUUAAACAGCUUCCAUCUCGAGUACAGUGUGCAUGGUAGUGACGGGAAGCGUUAUACCGUGGACAUGGCUAUGAACACGUGCACCUGUGGGCAAUUUGAUAAAGACAAAUAUCCAUGUGUUCAUGCAGUAGCUGCUGCCACAUUCAUGACUGAGAAAGCGGGAAAGGAACUCCAUCUAUCUGAGUAUUGUUCUAAGUACUAUUUGGUAGAGCAAUGGGCUUUGGCUUAUCACAGGACAAUAUAUCUUGUUCCUCAUAUGUCUGAUUGGGUUAUACCAGAAGAAAUUAGAGCAAAGAAAGUACUUCCUCCAGAAUUUGAAGUCAAGAAAGGAAAACCACAACAAACAAGGAAACCAUCAGCAGGAGAAGCUCGUGGAAGAGGAAAAAGAGGCAGAGGGAGUGGAAGAGGGAGAGCCACAGGCACAGACACAGGCAGAGCCAGAGGAAGAGGUAUGGCAGCGUAUUUUGAAUGUGGAAGUGGUUCAGGUUCAGGUGUUUGAUUGUUGAAAUUUGUUUCAUUGUGCUAUUCCGACUACUAGGACUACUGGAACUACUAUGUGUUAUUUGGACUACCUGAAUUGCUAGAAUUACUAUGUGUUAUUUGAACUACUAGGAUUACUGGUUUACUAUGUGUUAUUUGGACCACCUGUAUUUCUGGAAUUACUAUGUGUUAUUUGAACUACUAGGACUACUAUAGAUUACUAUGUGUUAUUUGGACUACAUAUAUAUUAGGGCUGGGCAAAUAAACCGAACCCGAAAAUCCGAACCGAACCCGAUCCGAUGAAAAUGAAUCCGAACCGAUCCGAACCCGACAUAAAUACCGAAUGGAUUUUGUUUUUUGGUAUAUUGGGUUAUGGGUAUUAUCCGAACCGAAUCCGGACCUAAAUGGAUAUCCGAUAGAACCCGAAACAUUUAU